AUAGAAUUUCUACUCAGUAAGGGUAUAAGUGUUGACGAUGUUGCUACUAGGAAUGGAUGGACACCACUACACUAUGCAGCAUGGAACGGUCAAUUAGAGGCUGCUAAGUUUCUUGUUGAGAGAGGUGCUAAUAUUAAUGCUGUAGACACUACUACUGAUGGUAGAAAACCUAUCCAUGUUGCUGCUCAGGGAGGUAGUAAAAAUGUAAUAGAAUUUCUACUCAGUAAGGGUAUAAGUGUUAAUGAUACUGAUAAGAAUGGAUGGACACCACUACACUAUGCAGCAUGGAAAGGUCAUUUAGAAGUUGCUAGGUUUCUUGUUGAGAGAAGUGCUAAUAUUAAUGCUGUAGACACUACUACUGCUGUCUCUUAU